AUGCGGGCAGCUCUUAUAUGGACAAUCGGUGAUUUUCCUGCAUAUGCUAUGUUAUCUGGUUGGAGUAUAAAAGGAAAGUUUGCUUGGCCUUGUUGUAACUAUGGCACUAAUUCUCGCUAUCUUAAACAUAGUCGGAAAAUGUGCUAUAUGGAUCUUCGUGUUUUUCUACCGAUGGAUCAUCCAUGGAUAUCAAACAAAAGAUCAUUCAAUGGAAAAACUGAAUUUAGGCCUCCUCCUGCUCCUUUAAAGGGAAUUGAUGUUCUUAAUAGCUUACGUGAUUUUGAAAAUGUGUUUGGGAAGAAGAAAAAGAAAUCAAAUGAUGGAAAAACAAAGGAUCAUGCAAAAGCACGGUAUGAUUUGAAAGAUAUGGGAAUCAGGAAGAACCUUCAUCCACAAGAUACAGAAGAUAGUAAGAGAACAAAGUUUACAAAGGCGUGCUUCUCAAUGACAAAUGGAGAGAUAUCCAUCUUUUGUGGAGUUUUAAAGACAGCCAAGCUUCCUGAUGAUAGUGCCUCCAAUAUAUCUAGGUGUGUGCACUUGGAUGAAAGAAAGGUGUCUAAUUAUAAAACCCAUGAUGCUCAUUUCAUGUUACAUUACUUGCUUCCAAUACCAAUUAAAAGCAUUCUUCCUGAUCAUGUGGCUAUUCCUUUGAUUCGUCUAAGUUCCCUCUUCCAUCGUUUGUGCCAAAAAGUAAUCACAUUGGAGGAACUGGAUUGCUUAGAAGUAGAGAUCAUAGAAACAGUAAAUCAGUUGGAGCGAAUUUUUCCUCCUUCAUUUUUUGAUAUCAUGAUUCAUUUGCCAAUUCAUUUGGUGAAUGAAGUGAGAUUAGGCGGCCCAGUGCAAAAUCGAUGGUUGUAUUCCACUGAAAGAGAAAUGGGUACAUUCAAAUCAUAUAUUCGCAAUAGGCGUUUUCCAGAAGGUUGCAUAGCAGAGACACGAGUGGGAAUAGAUUGCAUGAAUUUAUUCUCAAAAUAUCUGCAUCGGGGUGUGCAUACCAGAUUUAAUAGGAGAGCGCAAAACAGUGAUGAAUGUGACCCAAGUGACGCAGAACCUGUGAGUUUGUUUUCUAACAAAGGAGUUCCUUUAGUAGCAAAGAAAACUGAUCCAAUCAUUUUAGAUGACAAGUCACUAAGUCAGGCACAUGCAUACUUAUUGGGAAAUUGUGACGAUGUUCAAGAAUAUAUUAGAGAGCAUGAGCAAGAGGUUAAUAAUCAGUCACGAAGAUCUAAAUGGAGCAAAGCCAAGAAUCAUUGUCAAAACAUCUCUCAAUGGUUUGAAACUCGUGCUUUACAAGAGAAUGUGCCUGAUUUGAUAAAACAAUUGUCUAGAGGACCAAAUUCUGUUGCAAAAAGAUUUUCUGGGUAUCUCAUAAAUGGAUAUAGAUUCCAUGUUCGGCAGAGUGAUGCAAGGCGUAAAACACAAAAUAGUGGUGUUACACUAAUUCCCUCAACCACAAGCUUUUCAAGCUCAAAGGAUAAAAAUCUGAUUGCUGCAGAUUUGACUUAUUAUGGUAGAAUAGUUGAUAUUGAAACAGUCAUUGAUGUGCCUGUGGAGGAAUUUGUCAAUCAACAACUUGAGGUCGAGUAUAAAGUGGAGUUUGAAGAUGAGUCUGAAAUUGAGUAUGAAGAUGAGUUUUCAGAUGCGUUUGAAGACGAGUCUGAAAAUGAGUAUGAAGAUGAGUCUGAUGAUGAAGUCGAGUCUGAAGAAGAGUCUUAA